GUCCAUCCACUUCAUUCUCAGUAUGGAGAGCAGAGGGCCGUCACCUUCACCGAUGGCCGCGGAAGAGUCUUCAGCGUGCCGAUGGAGUGCUGGUAUUCCAGCCUCUGAGACACCAAAUGGGCACAUAAGGGAGAGGCACCAAUGGCAUGGCAGCACCGGCGUUCUCCUUCUCCCACCUGCAUCGUCUCAUUGGCAUCUUCCGGUUUGAACAACAACCCUCUAUUGCUCUUGCUGCGGCCAGUCGGUGCAGGCAAGACCUUACUCAGUGGCACCUUGCCGCCAGCGGCAUACUGCGGCUGCUCCUCCCCUUCCCCGUCCGCCUUAGACUCUGCUGUAGGAAUGUCGCUGCGGAACCAGGCCAUCUUCAUUGCGGCAGACGACUUGGCGGCCGCCAAGUGGAAAGGCCUCUCUCUGGUGUUCUCCAUGUCGGGCGGCUUGGGCACACUGUCGACCAGCUGAGACCGGCUGGGCACACUGGUGAGAGUGUGGGCGAAGUCGAGAGGGUGCAAUGCGCGGCCGCGAGAGAGCUUCUUGCGCUGUGCGGGCUCGGGUGGGAGCUGGGCCAUGGUGUUUUGGAUGAAGAACGCGGAGCGGUCCUCUUUCUGGGACGCCUGUUCCUCCAGCUUCUUCUUGACCUCUCGCCGGUACAUAUGCCGCCCACCCAUGGUGCCUGCACGCAGGGGCACAUAGUGAAUGCCAAAUGCUCAUCGAGACACGAUGAAAUCAGCUGCAGCGUGCUGUUUACCGGCCGGCACGCUUGGUUUCUCCUUGGCGCGCCCCAUCGCGGCAGUGAGUGCGCCUCGCACCUGCUCUUGUAUGAAGCCAUAUGCCGCACCCGUCACCCCCAUCAUAUACUGGUCGAUGAUGUCCGCUUGGUCGUCACCCAAAUGUGCCUCGAUGUCCCCUAGGGCCACCUGAACCAGGCGCCUUUUCGCCGACUUCGCCACGGGCGACGCUCCAGUCGUGUCCUGACGGUCUUGGUGCACAGCCUGCCCCAGCUUUACGAACCGCAAGUCGACACCGACGGACCUCUGCCUGGGUGUGACUGGCCUGCUGUCGGGGAAGAGGGGUAGCAGCACUGGCGAAGGGGGCGGGGGUGGACGCUGAUAGGGAGAAGCCGGCGUCUCUUGACGCAUCUGCGGCUCGGCCUCGGCUUGGUGCUCAGGGCCAGGGGGAGGGGGAGGGGGAGGAUGAGGGGGAGGAGGCGCUUGGCGUAUUGGUGUGGGUCCGGAUGAGAGGGGGGCAGGGGUGGGGUUCUUUGUCACCACCGGUGAUGUGUCAGGCGACAUCUGCUUGGCUGGCCGGAGACCAGACGGCGCGGCCAGAGGGAUGCCCGUCAGAAUGGGGGACGGCUCGGCCAGGGCCCCCAGCUGCUGCCCAACGUCAGCAAUGGGGGCGUCUGAGAGGCCCUCAAGAGGAAAAACGACGGCACGUUCAGAGGGUGUCCGUCUUGGAACCUCGCUCGCUCCCGAGGCGGCGGACAUUAAGGACUCCCUCCGCCGCCGAUCCUUGGCGGAUGGCAAAGUGGGAUGAGAGGGCGGUCGGCUGACACCUUGAAGGAUUGAUGACCCCCCUUCAAAUAGAGGCGUUUCGGGGGCCUGAGCACAGGUACAUGUCCGCCUUUGUGUGGGGGCGCCCUGUGUCGUGGGUCUUGACCGCCUUGCCCUCCGCCGCCCCAGUGUCACAAUGCUCCCCGUCUCUCGUGACACAGCCGUCCUGUUGUCGAUCCAGUGGUAGCCUGCUGCACUUGAAGAGGCGCUGGACAGCCCUCUGUUGCUCUCGGUCCACCAGUCCAGGAUGCUCUCGCCCUGAGCAGUGGUCGACAUGUAGGCAGUGGACGCGGGUCGCACAAGCUGUGUCUCAGACCGCUGCUGCUGCUGAGGUUCAUCUGCGGCCAAGUGACGAGAAGACAUGCUCUUGCAGAGGAGGAGUGGGGGGCUGCUCGGGUCGACGUCUGGCCUUUCCCCAUCCGUAAUGAAGGCACGGGAUGACGAUGCAGACUCGGGCAGCGGGACUGGGAUGGCAGAAGAGGGGCGGUCCAGUUCCCUCCUCUCUGUGGCAGCUGUGGGUGGUGGUGCUGUGGAAGGUCUGGUGGCUGCAUCGAGGAUAGCGAGGCUGCGGAGCUCCUCGAUUGUGCCCCGCAGCGCCUCAAGCGUUUCAGGUGUGAGGACCUACAGCCACAUGAAACGAAGGACGGACGAUGGAUGCAUCGAACCCCUGGUAUUACGGCAAUGAUGUCUCUCUCGUACCAUCGAUGGCGCGACCAGAGGAAAGAAUCGGAUAUCUGGUAGAGGGCGUGGUGCGCCCUCCUCGUCCACUUCAUGGGGUCGGGCAAACCGCAACGAAUCCAUGAAAACAUCAAGAUGAUGCCACAGCUGGUUGUGUCUCCGUAUGGAUGCGAGGGGCGAGUUAUUGAGGUAUUGUGCCACCCCAGCGGGCAAGACCAGGUCACAGAUGCCCGACGACGGCUUGGGCGGCGGGAAGUGGCUUAUGCUCAGGGGCGGGGGCACACGGGUCUUGAGCGUGUCGACGUCCUCGAGAAAGGUACUAUUCCACAACAGACCAACCUACAGCCACACGUGACUACGCUCAGACGAAAUGGAAAAGGCCGUAGGUGUGUGGAUUUGUAGCUGACCAGUCUCUGGACGUCUUGACAUUUGCGAGUGAGCUCUUGACGAGUGAAUGCUUCUCUCAAAGCAUAGAACCGCCGGUAGCGGCUCUCGUACAGCCUUGCGCGCUGCCGGGCCAUCUCCUGUGGAUAGAUAGAAAACAGCACACCUCUGCACCGGUUUCACAUCUGUCGACCCUGUCUCAUAUCUCACUCACCUUCAUGCUGCUUCUGAACUCCAUCGACAGAUGCCUUUCGACAUCCUGUCCUUCACACAGACGGCAGACAGACAAACAUACACACACGAGACACGACAAUGAAUGAAUGGGCAUUCACCUCACCCUUCGUUUUGUGGUUCGGUUUCCCUCACUCACCUUUCUGUCGAUGACCAUGACCUCCACAGCCCGGCUGCCCGCCACGGCCGCAUACUCAAAGAGCCCCUCGUCCUUUUCUCUCUCCUCGAUGACUCUUUGGCGACCCCCUCUUUUGCUGGAAAUGUGGUGGAAUAUACGCAGGUCCUUGAGGACCGACAACCCCACCCACUGCCCUUCGCUUAGUGUAGCCAGCACUGGCGGCGGGAAGGGAGGGGGACCCAUGGCGUCGAGCGACUCUUGCAGCCUCUUGCAUUCGUCUUCUUGCUUGAUGAUCCGCACCUGAGACACACAAAAUGAAUGGCAAAGUGAUCCAUUAUGUGUACCUGUAGGCCUGAGACCCUCGCUGUUUGAUCGCUAUCUGAUGCACUGACCUCUCCCUGGACGAUGACCAUGAGUUCGUUGUGUGAGGGUUGCAUCUCAUUCUCGAGGAAUUGGCCCAUUUUGAAAAACUGCUGUUUGAAGAAGUACGAAAUGGCGUCCACACACUUCUCAGCCACCCUCCCAUAGCCAGGCACAUACCUGUCGAAACCGAACAGGCAGGCAGCAAAAGAAGGAGACAGCAUUGACAGAGACUGAAAUCGAACGAUUGCGGCCGGCCCGUACUUGCGGAUGAAUGCCAGCUUCUUGCGAUACUUCUUGCCCAUCUCCUUCUUGAGAAUGCUAUUAAAUGCCCUCUUUGUGAGAUAACAUGCCUCCACCGGACCCAACAACUGCACAGACGGACCGCCCAAGAAGCAAUCAAUGUCUGUCUCCGACAUGGCAUAAGCCAUUUCUCCCUCUCUCACCGCCUUAAUGGACGCAGCUCUCUUCUGCUCCGUGAUGAGGCCCCUCUCGCCAAACGACGCCCCGCUGGAGAGUAUCCCAACCCUGAAGGCCGCCCACCUCGGCCGGUCUCCCCACUCAUCCUCUUCCCCCUCCUCGCUCUCAAUGGCAGCCUCACUCAUGAACGUCCGCCCCCGCAAUGCAGGCGACGGCUGCUGGCUGCCGAGGCUCUUGCGGGUGGACACUCGCCUGACAGACGUCGGUGAAGGCGCCUCGGGGGUGCGGGGGGCCGUGACGGGCCUGGUAGGAGAAGGCUGCGCUGACGAUGAUGCGGACGACGAAGAGCUCUCUUCGGACUCGGGCAGCUGAAUCGGCUGGGGUGUCUGAAAACGGGUUACCAGGGUUGGGAAAAUCGCUGUGAGCAGAGAGUAUUGCGGACCUGUAUUCGGAGGUACGCCGGGAGCAGUUGCUCUGGCUUGAUGUAGAUGCCACAUGUGCCGCGAAGGAUGAUGUAGAAAUUGUCGGCCUCCUCGCCUUGACGACAUAGAUAGGUCCCCUUGACGAAGCACUCGUACAAAAGGUUCUGACACACCUGCACCAGGGGCGCAAAAGAAAGAGAGACAUCCAUCGCUCGCUUCCACAACCAUCUGCUGCAUCAUUUCCGCCUCCCGCCUCCCAGCUCUCACCGCCUUUUGUGUCUUUUCGGGGAGUGUGCUGAAGAAGCUGUUCUGUUCCAAGAGGCGCCGCAGCUGUGAGACGUGGUAGACACUCCUCUCCUCUGAGAAGACAGGAACAAGACACAAUCAAGCAUAUGGUCUGGUCGCCUGUCUUAUGCUCUCGUUACUCGGCGGCUGAUUUUUGAGUAUCUCCACGCAGGUGCGCAGACGGCGACCGUCGGAGUCUUCCAUUUGCUGUCACGGCGGGGAAAGCAGAUGGGGCUCAAGAGAGGGGCUCAUCUAUUGGGGCUCAUCAAGACCUCAAAGGUGUCCCAUUAUAUCGUCAGAUGAGGUGGAUCUGCGCACGUGUGCACGAUGUCCGGCGCGCGAAAGAGCCGGUCGGUCGGUCGGGUAAGGGUCCGCCCUGUCUUCCCUUUCCUGCCC